UACGCAGCAGACAUGAAGAUCUACACUUCUCCCUUUCCUGCGCCGCCGUUCCCCGAAGAGUCGCUGUACACAUUCUUGUUCCGGACCAGGUUCGACGACUAUCCUCCGACAAGAGCAGCGUUCAUCGACGGCCCGACGGGCAGCGUCUUAACUCGCGGAGAGCUCAGAGACCUCACGCUAUCCUUGGCGUAUGGUCUGCGCACGGAGUUCGCGCGCAUGGGCGGAACUCCUCUCGCCAAGGGCGACGUGGUCAUGCUCGUCUCGACAAACUGCGUCGCGUUUCCGGUGGCGAUGAUGGCCGGCAUCGCGGCGGGCCUCUGCCUGUCUCCGGCCAGUCCGGCGUACACGCCCCGCGAGCUGCUGCACCAAUGGACCGACUCGCGCGCAAAGGCGGCGCUCGUCCAUCCUUCGUUGGUCCCGAGCGUGUUGAGGAUGUUUGAGCUGCUCGACGUCGACCUCACGGAAGCCAGGCGGAGGAUUAUACCCUUGGACUGGUCCCCGGGCGAGGCGCAGAAAGGCUUGGACGGCUUUAUCUGCAUGUCCGACUUGAUUGGGAAAGGCAGCUUCGAAGAAGAGAAGUUUACUGGCGAGCGGGCGCUCGACACGAUGAUCCUGUGCUAUUCCUCUGGGACAACCGGUAAACCGAAGGGCGUCGAGAUCACUCAUCGAGGGACGGUCUCGAGUCUGGUCUCAAGCGGCGCAAGCUGUUCGACCCUUCGAGCCUCUAAUCCCAAAGCACUCGGGAUGCUGCCAUUCUGCCACAUCUUCGGCAUUAUACAGAUACAGUUUAUGGAGUUCUUCCGGGGCAUACCAGUCGUUGUCAUGCCCGGUUUCGAGCCUACGCGAUUUUGCCAAUACGUUGAGCGGUACGGGAUCACACAUAUCUGCAUCGUUCCACCGAUAUUACUCGUUCUGCUGCAUCACCCAUCCCUAUCACAGUAUAACUUGACGUCCCUUGAGUACAUGGUUAGCGGCGCGGCGCCACUGAGUAUCACACUCUUGAAUAUGCUCACCAAACGGAUGCAAAGUCUUGGCGCCGAAAUCCAGGUCGUUCAAGGUUACGGACUCACGGAAUCUGUGGGGUUUUACCUGCCUCUCAAGGACUGGGUCAGGAAAGCCGGAGCAGUUGGCCUGCUGGUGCCACACCUGGAAGCGCGGCUCGUUGCUGACAACGGGAACGAUGUCCAAGAGGGUGAGCCCGGUGAGCUGUGGCUCCGUGGGCCGUGCAUAUUCAAGGGCUACCUGAGAAAUGUCGAGGCGACCAACGCAUCAUUGACACCAGAUGGGUGGUUCAAGACCGGAGACGUGUUGUCUCGAGACCCUGAAGGGUAUUAUACUGUUGUGGAUCGCAAGAAGGAGCUCAUAAAGUACAAAGGCUUCCAAGUUGCACCUGCCGAGCUCGAGGGCGUGCUGCUAGAGCAUCCUAAUAUCGUUGAUGCAGGAGUAGUUGGCAUAAUGUCUGAAGCAGAGGCAACGGAACUCCCGAGGGCAUAUGUCGUCCACACAGCCAAACUGGCUUCGGAAGAUCGUGAAGCAUUCGCUCUGUCAGUUGGGGAGUGGAUUAGAGACCGCGUAGCGAGUCACAAGCGACUAAGAGGAGGGAUUGUUGUGGUCGACGCUAUUCCGAAGAGCCCUUCUGGUAAGAUACUGCGUCGAACACUGCGCGAUCUUGCACGAGCGGAGGCUUCGAAGGACGGCAAAUCAUUGCAGAGGUCGAAAGCGAAGCUGUAAACGCAUCUUGGCUCAGUGUAGCAUUGUUAUUUUCCAAAUCAAGAAGUUGAAUAUAUGUAUGCUGGAG